AUCUUCUCGGUAAUUUCAGCGACAGAGAAAAGUCAAGUUACGUCAAGUGACGCUGAACUGGAGGAAGACGAUGACCUUUUAAGAGGUGAGAAAAGAUUUUUUGAAAGAAGUCCCCAUGAAGUUUUUCACAUUUACAUCAAAAUUUGCGUAUGUUCUAUGAAUAAGUUUUUGAAACAGCAAAAGAUUGUUUCUUCAAAUUUCAGACUUUGUUAUCGGUAAAAUGAAAACAAAGGAAAAAAACAAGUUACCCUAAAUUAAAGAAGAAUGGGCCAAAAUUGGCCUACUAGGCUUUGUAAAACUCGGUUUUUCUGAGUUUUAGAAGUGCUUACUUGUAAAUCAACACACAAUGUUUUGGAGAUUAACGGAGGAUAUUUGCGUAGUAAGAGUAUUAUCCUUUUGCACUUGAAAAUAUUGUAAACUUGGUCAUUUUUAGUGUGAAAAUCAUAUUCGGCAAGAGAGAGCUGUUGGUAUCUGUGGGCGAAUACCAAUUUUCGAAGUUUUGAAAAAUUUGCAAACGGAUAACUUUUUGAGGCUGCCAAAAGGAAAGCAUUUACGUUAACACAUUUUUUCCCCUUAUUGCGGUUCAGUACGUGUUUAGCAGAAAUUUUACGCAAUUUGAGAAUUCUACGGAGAAGAGGAAGCAUUUUGUCUCGGUCGUAUGGCCUGUUUUGGUCCUCUAAAUAUUUUACGCCCCUUUAGACAGUUAGUCAACACCAGGCCCACGCUGUAAACCACUAGCCAACAAAAUGUGGAGCCGCUGACUUUCACAACAGGCAAAAUGGUACUUCGCGGGAAAGUGAUACUUUCCCAAUCAAAUUUCUCCAGUUAGCCUCUUCGAGUAUGUUCUCAAUAGAUAAUUACAUGUAUGAGAAAAACCAAGUGAUAAAGAGAAAAAUACAAAAAAAACCCUUUUUCCAGCGCACUUUUCUGAACGAUGGUAAAACCACGAACUCGUCACUCUCAGACUCUCAGUACGAUGUUCUUUUUUUUCGUUAUCAGAACAUUCACAAGUUUUAACCUUUUUCGGUCCUGGCUUUGCUUUACUCUAUGCAAUAACUUAUGUGGUUUUACAUUCUAACGUGAAAUUUUGAAAAACGUAGCCCAUGUGUAAAAGGGUCAUUAGAAAGUCUCUCGACCUAAAUGUAAACCGAUCAGACUUGAUGUGGUUAUAGCCAAGCUACAGCUAAAACUCCAAAUAGCUUGCAUAUUUUAAAGAAAACAAAAUACACAGAUAAACUCUCCUGAAGGGCGAUUGUAAACAAAGUUGAGUUAAGAUAGGAUCUUCCGGUGAAACUUGUGAUAUUUUGGAAAACGUAAGCCAGGUGUAAAAGGAGUUUGGAAAGCCUCUCGACCUAAAUGUAAAUUGAUAAACUUGUGGUAAUAGCCAAGCUACAGCCCAGACUCCCAGCAGCUUGCACACAAACAAAAUGCACAGAUAUUAAACUUUUCUGGUUGUUUUUUCUCAUAGCUCUAAGCUCCUUUAACUUAAAAGUUCGUUUGGAUAUAUAGAGUUGGCACCAUCCGUCAAGGGUCGUAUCACUCAUUACUAAAUCAUUAAUACUAAAACGUUGUGUUUUUAGAAAUAGCGAAAGCUUGUCUCGAGGAAGGUAACAAAGAAUACAGACAAGGAGAAGCUAAUAACGCGAUAAACUCGUACACGGAAGGACUUCAAGUGAACUGCAAAGAUAAACGACUGAACGCCAAGCUUUACAGCAACAGGGCAACAGCUCAUUUCCGUUUGGGUAACAAUUUCAUAUGUAAACAUAAAUCUGUCGUGCAGCGUUACAAGAUAACGGAAUACACAAUCCGCAUCAAGAAAAGAAAAAAUUGAGCAAAUGUAGAAAAAUAGCAUACAAACAUAACUCGCCCUGUAGCGGAUGAAAAUUAAGCGAAGAAUGACCCUCGUUACAUUUUAAGCAAUUGUGAUUUUUUUAGGCUUCUUUGUUGCAAUUCCAUAUGAUGACCACUUUUUUAAACCUUAUUUCCUGAAUCUCAUAGAAAACUACGUGGAAUGUCUCGAUGAUGCAACAGUUGUCGUUCAGUUGGAACCCACUUUAAUCAAGGCUAUUAAGAAAGGUGGGUUUUUCAGACAGGAGCCAUCAACAUUCUAUUCUAUGAUUUCGUCAAAAGAGGAUUGUGUGGUUUGUGGCAGGUUACUGCUCCCCAAGUGUCAAUUGUAUCUGGUGUGUCAAUGUCUGUAAUGUGGGUAAAAAGCAUAAGAUAAUGUCAAUAAGCUCUCAAAUACCGCCGCCUGUUUAGUUCACGUUGUAAAGCGCCGGAGGUCGAGGGUUCAAGCCUUAGACCGGACCAUCUCCCUUAGUCUUAAACAUCUGAAGACAAUGUGCUGCCGCCUAAGCUGUGACAUCUGCAAAUGGUUUAAUAUUCUUGUCCCGGAUAAGAACGGAAAACCGUAAGCCCCGUUUCUUGCAUCUUCUCUGUAACUCAAGGAGGCACCUGAAAAAUUCCCUUUCAAAAGUUGUAAACUGCUCAAUGCAGUCUGCCCGAAAACUUCCUCGAAAAGUGCUGAAAAGCGCAUAAUAGCACAUUUAAAUGAAGAAUGUGCGAGAUAAAUUUAUUGUUAUCAUCAUCAAUUGAAGCUUAAUUGGUAGCCGCUUUCCAUUAGCUCCUUAUUGUUUAUUUUCAGUUCUUCUACAAGUUCAAUUUCCUUCAUUAUCAAAAUUUUUGUUCCCAGCUAAAUGGGAAAUUAAGUCCAUUUUAUCAAUACGUUUAUACUUUAACAGUGAUGAAUACUUCGUACCAACAAUUAUUCUCUCCUUUUCAGGAGCCAGAGCUUGUGUCGAACUUUGCUUGUAUAAAGAAGCAAGGAGCUGGUUGCAUAUGGGAUUGGCCGUAUCCUUUAACGAACGCUUCAAACGUGAUACGAGAUGCAAUGCGAGUAAUAUUUCAAGGGAAAUCAAUACGUUCCGGAGAGAUUCUUCAACACAUAAUGGAAGCAAUGUUAUCUUAUACUGCACUGAGCAGUUUAAAGAAGCUAGAAUAUUCUUAAAGAGUUCUUUCGACUAUUCCACGAAACUUUACUCAAAAGAAGAGGCCAUAUUAAUUAAUUCCCGGAAUUUGAGCUGAAUACCCCUCAUUUUUGUCUUCAGACGAGCAUCACCAUGACGACCGAACCUAAACCAAUAAAUACGCUUCAGAGCUAGAUAAAACUCUCCAAUAACUUCAAAUCAAAUCUCCAAAAAAACCCACGUUCGAAUUAUAUUUCCAGUUUUAAGGUUCUAUCUAAUACUCUCACUGUUUUUUUAAAAAUACACAUUUCCAUUGCAUUUUCGCAAAUCUGCUGAUUUAUCGACCCUUGACACGUUUUAAGAUUGAAAAUGACGACAAACGUCUGCUUCGAUUACUAAGGAAGACUAAAGCUAAUCUUAUAGUCAUAGCAAACAGUUCUUCCAAUCUCGGCAACGCUUAUCAAGGUCUAGGACAGUUCACAACAGCCAUCCAGUACCAUCAACGUCAUCUAGAAAUUGCUAAAGAAGUGGGAGACAAGGCCGGAGAGGGAAGAAGUUAUUGCAAUCUCGGCAACGCUUAUCAAGGUCUAGGACAGUUCAAAACAGCCAUCCAGUACCAUCAACGUCAUCUAGAAAUUGCUAAAGAAGUGGGAGACAAGGCCGGAGAGGGAAGAAGUUAUUGCAAUCUCGGCAACGCUUAUCAAGGUCUAGGACAGUUCAAAACAGCCAUCCAGUACCAUCAACGUGAUCUAGAAAUUGCUAAAGAAGUGGGAGACAAGGCCGGAGAGGGAAUCAGUUAUGGCAACCUCGGCAACGCUCAUCGCAGCCUAGGACAGUUCAAAACAGCCAUCCAGUACCAUCAACGUCAUCUAGAAAUUGCUAAAGAAGUGGGAGACAAGGCCGGAGAGGGAAGCAGUUAUGGCAACCUCGGCAACGAUCAUCUCUGUCUAGGACAGUUCAAAACAGCCAUCCAGUACCAUCAACGUCAUCAAGAAAUUGCUAAAGAAGUGGGAGACAAGGCCGGAGAGGGAAUCAGUUAUGGCAACCUCGGCAACGAUUAUCAAGGUCUAGGACAGUUCAAAACAGCCAUCCAGUACCAUCAACGUCAUCUAGAAAUUGCUAAAGAAGUGGGAGACAAGGCCGGAGAGGGAGGAAGUUAUGGCAACCUCGGCAACGCUUAUUGCAGUCUAGGACAAAUCAAAACAGCCAUCCAGUACCAUCAACGUUGUCUAGAAAUUGCUAAAGAAGUGGGAGACAAGGCCGGAGAGGGAGGAAGUUAUGGCAACCUCGGCAUUGCUUAUAACGGUCUAGGACAGUUCAAAACAGCCAUCCAGUAUCAUCAACGUCAUCAAGAAAUUGCUAAAGAAGUGGGAGACAAGGCCGGAGAGGGAAGAAGUUAUGGCAGCCUCGGCAACGCUUAUGACGGUCUAGGACAGUUCAAAACAGCCAUCCAGUACCAUCAACGUCGUCUAGAAAUUGCUAAAGAAGUGGGAGACAAGGCCGGAGAGGGAGGCAGUUAUGGCAACCUCGGCAAAGCUUAUAACGGUCUAGGACAGUUCAAAACAGCUAUCGAGUACCAUCAACGUCAUCUAGAAAUUGCUAAAGAAGUGGGAGACAAGGCCGGAGAGGGAGGCAGUUAUGGCAACCUCGGCAACGCUUAUCAAGGUCUAGGACAGUUCAAAACAGCUAUCGAGUACCAUCAACGUCAUCAAGAAAUUGCUAAAGAAGUGGGAUACAAGGCCGGAGAGGGAAGAAGUUAUGGCAACCUCGGCAACGCUUAUGGUAGUCUAGGACAGUUCAAAACAGCUAUCGAGUACCAUCAACGUCAUCUAGAAAUUGCUAAAGAAGUGGGAGACAAGGUCGGAGAGGGAGGAAGUUAUGGCAAUCUCGGCAACGCUUAUGAAGCUCUACGACAGUUCAAAACAGCCAUUCAGUACCAUCAACGUCAUCUAGAAAUUGCUAAAGAAGUGGGAGACAGGGCCGGAGAGGGAAGCAGUUAUGGAAGUCUCGGCAACGCUUAUGAACGUCUACGACAGUUCAAAACAGCAACUGAGUACCAUCAACGUCAUCUAGAAAUUGCUAAAGAAGUGGGAGACAAGGCUGGAGAGGGAAAAAGUUAUUGCCUUCUCGGUAGGAUUCAUCAGGGUCAAAGAGAGUUGAAUACAGCUAUUGAGUGUUUUCAACGUCACCUAGAAAUAUCCAAAGAAGUGGGAGAUAAGACUGGAGAGGCGUGCUCACUCUGUUCCCUUGGAAGCAGUUUUGAGCGCCAAGGAAAUCUUAUGAUGGCCUUUGAUUGUUAUUACUCGAGUGUAGAAUUGUAUGAUGAUAUCAGGGCCAGUCUUCAACUCAACGAUCAGUGGAAGAUUUGUUAUCGUAAUCAGCACCAAGGAGCAUACAAAGGUUUGUGGUGUACAAAUCUCAAUCGAGGUCAAGUUGUGAAGGCUCUUCUUGCCGUAGAGAAAGGACGUGCUCAAGCUCUGAGAGAUCUCAUGGUCACAAAAUAUCAGCCUGGAGAUUCUGUAAUGCCCAGCGCAUCCCGCACUUCUCUGAGGUGGGUUCCAUUGAGCACAGUUUUCAUAGCUAUUAAUGGACCAUGCGUUUACUUCUGGGUUUGCCUCAGUGAAAAUAAUAUCCAGAUGAGAGAAGUACACGUGAACAAAUACAAGUAUGAGAAUGAAUUGAAAUUUUUCAUCCAGCUACUGAACAAAACUGUUCUUAAGGAGAUCAGUAAAAGAGAUACUGUUACCAUCGAAAAUCCUCCGCUUGACUCGUCGAUAGACGAGGAGGUGGCCAAUGAUGUGAUCCGCGUUGAUGUGAGGCACUCUCAAUCGAGUGCUUUAAAGAAGCUGCAUGACAUCAUCGUCACUCCUAUUGCUGACCUCAUCGAAGGCAACGACGAGAUCACAAUCGUUCCUGAAGGGCCAUUUUGCCUUGUACCUUAUGCAGCGUUGCAGGACUCCAACUCAUCUUAUCUAAGUGAUUCUUUCAGAAUUCGUGUGCUUCCCUCUCUGACGACCUUGCAACUAAUUCAUGAUUGUCCAGCUGACUUUCACAUGAAGACUGGUGCAUUGCUUGUCGGCGACCCAUGUUUCAAACACAUCAUCUAUGAGGGAAGACGUUUGAUGCAACUUCCAGGAGCAAGAAAAGAAGUGGAGAUGAUCGGACGUAUCCUCAAUGUCUCCCCUCUCACUGGAGAAAUGGCAACAAAAGAUGCAGUGUUAAAACGAAUAUCAUCAGUGGCCUUAGUUCACAUAGCAGCACACGGUAAAAUGGAAACUGGAGAAGUUAUUCUGGCACCAAACACCACAGGAGAUAACCCUCAGCCGUUAGAGAAAGACUAUCUACUGACGAUGAAAGAUGUCAUAGAAGCUGGGUUGCGAGCACGUCUGGUUGUACUUAGCUGCUGUCACACUGCUCGUGGGGAGGUCAUGGCCGAGGGUGUGGUCGGCAUGGCGCGUGCACUUUUGGGUGCCGGUGCCAGAUCUGUUGUGGUAACCUUGUGGGCGAUUGGCGACGAGGGAACCCUGGAGUUCAUGAGUUUCUUUUACGAUGCACUUUCCAAAGGCAAGAAGGCAAGUGAAGCUCUCAAUCAGGCCAUGAAGUGUACGAGGGAAAUUGAAAAGUUCAAAGAGGUGAUUUACUGGGCACCAUUUGUACUCAUUGGUGACGACGUCAACCUGGAUUUCAAUGAGAUUUAG